UGCGCCGGGCAGCGCGGCGGGGCGCGGAGCGGGCGCGGGUUCGCCGCCGCUGCGGGCAGGUGCGGGCGGGCGGGCGGCACCGGCGGCACCGGCGGGGGGGCCGCGCCUGCCGCCAGCCGCGAUUGGCCCGGCCCGGCCCGGCUCGGCCCCCUCCGGGGGGCCCGGCCCGCUGCCCCCCUCCACCAUCCGCACCCCGCUUUUAAGCCCCCGGUGCCGGCGGGGUGAUCGGCUCCACCGGCGGCGAUGACCCCCUGUGCGCCGUGAGCACGGCCCCAGGUCAAGGAUGGUCCAUGUGAUGGGGGAUGCCGGCUGCUGGUUCCUGCUCGGGCUCUCCCUCCUCCCCAUCGCCGUCCUGGGCUCCCAGGACGAUGGGAAGGUGAUCCACAUCAGCAGGGUGCAGCACGAGGCUGUGCGCGUGGGGUUGGGGGAGCCCGUGGCCCUGCCCUGCCUCUUCCUGCUCCAGCCCUCCGCCUCGCUGGGGCCCAACGAGCCCCCCGACCCUCCCCGCGUCAAAUGGAGCAAGGUGCGCUCGGCCACCGGCCAGAGGGAGGAUGUCCCUGUCCUGGUGGCCAAGGACAACGCGGUGAAGGUGGUGAAAGCCUACAAGGGCCGGGUGUCCCUGCCUGGCUACCCCCGUGACCGCUACAACGCCACGCUGCUGCUGCAUGCCGCCCGCGCCAGCGACGCGGGGCUGUACCGCUGCGAGGUGGUGGCCGGCAUCGACGACGAGCAGGACCUGCUGCCUCUGGAGGUGACGGGUGUUGUCUUCCACUACCGCCCCGCGGGCGAGCGCUACGCACUGACCUUCGCUGCUGCCCGCCGUGCCUGCCUGGACAACUCGGCCAUCAUCGCCUCGCCCCAGCACCUCCAGGCCGCCUUCGAGGACGGCUACGACAACUGCGACGCGGGCUGGCUGGCCGACCAGACGGUGCGGUACCCCAUCACGCUCUCCCGGCCGGGCUGCUACGGAGACCGCAACAGCCUCCCCGGCGUCCGCAGCUACGGCUGGAGAGAGCCCGGCGAAGAGUACGAUGUCUACUGCUACGCCCGGGAGCUGCGAGGGAUGGUGUUUUAUGCCACGGUGCCGGGGCGGUUCACCUGGCGGGGGGCCCAGAGGCACUGCCAGAGCCGGGGCGCUUCGUUAGCCACCACGGGACAGCUCUACCUGGCGUGGCGCGAGGGCCUGGACCAGUGCGACCCGGGCUGGCUGGCCGACGGCAGCGUCCGCUACCCCAUCAGGCUUCCGCGCAGGAAAUGCGGAGGCGAGGCCUCGGGCGUCAGGACCCUCUAUCAGUUCCCCAACCGCACCGGCUUCCCCCCCGCCGCCUCCAAAUUCGAUGCCUACUGCUAUAAAGCGCGUGUGGCCGCGGGGCAGAGGGAGCCGGAGGAGCCGGUGCUGCCCACGCUCGACCCGCCGGGCAGCGACAACGUGCUGGUGGAGCACGGCGAGGACCUGGGCACGUCGGGGGACACCCGGGACACCCCACGUGACCGCUACAGACUCCUGCUGCAGCCAGGGCCCGUGGGGCUGGGUGAGGAUGAGGACGAGCAGUUGCGGCCGGCGAGCAGCAGCCCAGCGGCGCAGCGCGGUGACCUCCCCGGGGCUGCACCGUCGUGGGCGCCGGUGGCUCGCGGCCCGGGGCUGGGCGAUGGCACAUCCCUGCCUCCCACCGUGGCCUCCUCGCCAGCAUGGCCGCACGAGGAUGAAGCUCUCAACGUGGUGGACCAUGCGCCGGUGAGCUCUUGGCAGGAUCCAGCCAGCACCAGCCCAGCACUGCCGGUGCAAGAAGCCCCUGGCCCCGAGGAGCCCCCGGCCGCCCUCCUACCGCAGCCCCAAAGCCCAACCCAAAAGCACAUCACCGGCUCGCCGCCGGCACCGCCUGGGCUGGGGACGGUCCCUGGCACGGCAGCAGAGACCCCCAGCACCCCACCGGCCAGCUCCCGCGCCCCGAGGAGGAGCAGCUACGCCGGGCUGAACGGGCGCUACUUCCAGCUGCAGCGGCAGAGCUGGGACCCCACGGUGGCUGCAGACCCGGUGGGGACAGUCACCCACCUCCCUGUCCUGGCCCUGGAGGUGAAGGGGGCUGCAGCCAACGCGGUGGAGACGUGGAGCAUCCCCCGCGCCGGCACCGAGAGCCUCUGGCAGGAGGGCACCUACUCACCCUCCAACGCGGUGGAGGAGGAGAUCGGCCCCGAGCUGAUGGCACCGGCCACCGCCCCGGUGUCCCCCUCACCACAGGCACCUUCCCAGAGAGAUUCACCGUGGCUGAACACGGGCACGACUGCCCACAACCCCAGGGGCCCCGCACAGACACCCCCCCUGCCAUCCCCGUCCCUGCCUGCCUCCACAGUUCCCCACGAUGCUCUCGGCCACCGGGACACCACCACGGUGGGGGCUCAGCCCCGUGUCCCCAGCGCCCGCGGGGACUCUCCCCGGCCACCCGUGGAUGCCACCAAGGACUUCUCCGGAGACGUCCUCUCCCAGGAGGACAGCGGCUCUGUCCCACCGCACCCCCCAAUGCCCCCGGCCCCGCUGGUGGCCGAGGGCCCCGAGAUGGCCCCGCAGCCCCACGGUGACAGCGGUGACGGCAGCGGGGCCCCGGGUGACAGCUCACUGGAGAGGCAGAGGAAAGCGGUGACCUUCUUCCACCCAGUGGGUCCCUCCAUGGGGCACCCCACCACUCCUGGCCCCACUGAGGUGGCUGCUCCCCUGCCCCGGGAGGGGCUGAGCCCCACAGCUCCUCACGGGCCAGCCGAGCCGCCGGCUGAGCCCAGCCACGAGGAGCCAGCCACAUACGGGGAUGCUAAGAAGGGCUCAGUUGAGCCAAGUGGCGAAACAACCAUAUCCCCCUCGACAUGGGACAUCCCCUCGCCUUCGCCCCCCUCCACGGCCGGCGAGGUGACCCCACGGGCUGACACCGAGCAGCCAGCGGAGGUGGAUACACUGGAGUCAGCAGCUGAGGAGGGGUCCGCGAGCUUUGCCCCUACAGCCCCACAGCCCACCAGCCACGCUGCACCAGAGCUGGGGGGAGCGGAGCAUCUCCUCCUGCCACCCCCGGCCCCUCGGCAGCCCCCCACCAGCCCCAGCUCGCCGGGUGUCCUCAGCCACAAGGAUGCACCAACAGCUCCCGGCGAUGAGGAUGCCUCCGGGGAGGUGAAGAGGGAAGAGACCCCCGCGCCCUCCAGCUUGCCCACCCACAGCCCCUGGCCAUCACCCACUGCCCCCCACCCCUGGGUGCCGGAGGUGCCCGAGUCCCCCAGCUCGGGGCCGCUCUUCGAGCCCUCCACAGCGGCUUUGCUGGGAGGACUGGGGGGGUCCCCACUGCUGGACGCCGACAGCGGGAGCGGCGAGGAGCCGGGGAUGGAGGAGCGGGAGCUGCUGGCCUGGGCGGGCGCUGGCAACGCCAGCUGGCACGCUCCGGCUGACCCCUGCCAGAACAACCCCUGCCUGCACGGUGGGACCUGCCGAGCCAACGGCACCGUCUGCGGGUGCAGCUGCGCCCCGGGCUUCACCGGGGAGAACUGCGAGAUCGACAUCGAUGACUGCCUGUCCAGCCCCUGCCAGAACGGCGGCACCUGCAUUGACGAGGUCAACUCCUUCGUCUGCCUCUGCCUGCCCAGCUACGGCGGCAGCCGCUGCGAGAAAGACACGGAGGGCUGCGACCACAACUGGCACAAGUUCCAGGGUCACUGUUACCGCUACUUCGCCCGCCGGCGCUCCUGGGAGGACGCGGAGCGGGACUGCCGCCGCCGCGCCGGCCACCUCACCAGCAUCCACUCGCAGGAGGAGCACAGCUUCAUCAACGGCUUUGGGCACGAGAACACCUGGAUCGGGCUCAAUGACAGGAUCGUGGAGCAGGACUUCCAGUGGACAGACAACACAGGCUUGCAAUACGAGAACUGGCGGGAGAAUCAACCUGACAACUUCUUUGCGGGCGGUGAGGACUGUGUGGUGCUGGUAUCCCACGAGAUCGGCAAGUGGAACGAUGUGCCCUGCAACUACAACCUGCCCUACAUCUGCAAGAAAGGCACAGUGCUGUGCGGGCCCCCGCCGGAGGUGGCAAAUGCCUUCACCGUGGGGAAGAAGAAGGAGAAGUACAGCAUCCACUCCAGCGUGCGCUACCAGUGCGAGGAGGGCUUCACCCAGCGCCACGUGCCCACCAUCAAGUGCCACAGCACCGGCAAGUGGGACCGGCCCAAAAUCCUCUGCACAAAACCCAGGCGGUCGCACCGAGCGCGGCGUCACCACCGCCACCGUCACAGCCACCCCCACCACCAGCACCACCACCACAAACCCCGCAAGGAGCGGCGAAAACACCGCAAGCACCUCCGGCUGGACUGGAUGGAGGAGGGCCACUACUUCUAGAGCCGGGGGAUGAGGAAGCACAAGGGCCCCCGUCCCUGGGACCAGCCGGGUCCCCGACGGGAUGUGGUGACGUUUCCUGCCCCCCCUCCCACCCACCCCCUCUUUUAUAACCCCACCUUGGCUUUAGCUCCUAGGAUGCCCGGCCCCAUAGGGAAUAGGAUCCGGAGGGGGCGGCUGCGUGUGCGUCCCCAGCCCUCCCUGCAUGCCCCACGCUCAGCCCCCCCGACCCGGGGUCGAGCCCCCAGCCCUGCACAGGGAUCCCCCAUCCCCGCGUGGGGUCUGUUCCCCGGCUGGGCUCUGCCCCCCCUCCCCAAAGGAGGGGGAUUAAUCCGCCAGCCCCCCCCAUCUCCCACCUUGGCCGUCGUGUCUCACUGGCCCAGGGUGGCUCCAAUUUUUUAGCAGUCCCCCCCCAAUCUUCCCACCCCAGCCCCCCGGUCCUGCUCGUGGGGCAUCCCUGCGGCCGGCACGGGGACCCUGCCCGGCGAGGGGACGAUGCCACCGGGGCCGGCGUCCUGCUCUGCCACCUGGUUUCGGGGGUUGAUUUUUAUUUUCCCUUUCCGUUCGUCGUCGGGUCCCCGUUGGAGUUGGCGUGUGUGUGUGUGUACGGCGCUUUCUGAUCUCUGCUGUUUGCGACGUGACUGCCGUGUCCCGAGCCCCCUCCCCGUCCCUGCCCCGUGCCAUUUCUGACUCUGCCUUUCUGUACUGCUGGACAUUUUAAUAAAUUUUUUUAACAGUU